CUUACCACAACAUAACCCAAUUCUUUUAACCCAACUACCCUCCAUAUCAAAGAUAUUAUUAAUAUCUUUGCUCCAUAUACCCUUGCUUUGAGAUCAUUGUUUUAUUUUCAAACAUGAACAUGGAAUCAACAGAUGUGCGAAAUUCUCCACUAAACUUGGAUAAAUCGAAGCUAGUAACGUCUUUUCUAAGAGUUAAAGGAUUGGUUAAACAACAUAUAGAUUCCUUUGAUUAUUUUAUCACAAACGACAUAAAGAAAAUUGUGCAGGCUAAUAGCAAAGUGGUUUGUGAUGCCGAUCCUUCAUUCUAUGUUAAAUACACGAAUGUUUAUGUUGGCAGUCCAGAUGUUAAUGAGGGAUAUAAUAUCAGUAAACCAACAACCCCACAUGAAUGUCGAUUAAGAGAUAUGACCUAUUCUGCGCCAAUUUUUGUAGAUAUAGAAUAUACCAAGGGAUCCAGGAAGUUCAUCAAGGAAGGUUUAAUGAUUGGAAGAAUGCCCAUUAUGUUGAAAUCUUCAAAAUGUGUUUUGUGUAAUAAGUCUGAGUAUGAAUUGGGAAAAAUGAAUGAGUGUCCACUAGACCCCGGUGGUUAUUUUGUUGUAAAGGGCCAAGAAAGAGUUAUACUCAUUCAGGAACAGUUAUCUAGGAACAAAAUCAUAAUUGAAAAAGCAGAUAAUCAGUUAAGAUGUGAAGUUACUAGUUCUACUCAUGAAAAGAAGUCAAGAACUACUCUCUUCAAGAAAGGAAAUAGAUAUUAUUUAGGACAUAAUACAUUUACUGAGCCUAUUCCAGUCGCUAUUAUAUUCAAAGCAAUGGGUAAAGUAGAUAUAAAAGACAUGGGUUACCUGAUGGCUCUAGAAGAUAUGAACAGAUUUAUACCUACUUUAGAACCCUGUUUUAAGGAAAAAAUUCAUUCACGAAUGGCUGCUCUAAAAUACUUGGGAUCAAAACUUGUGGUGAAAAGAUAUGUUACCCAUGCCAGUAGAGUGAAAGCUCCAGAAGAUGAAGCUAGAGAACUAUUGGCAACAACAAUAUUAGCUCAUGUGCCAGUGGUAGAUUAUAACUUCCACUUGAAAUGUGUUUAUUUAGGAGUUAUGAUGAAAAGAAUGAUGGAAGCUGAAACGGAUGAAAGUAAAUUGGAUGAUAGGGACUUCUAUGGAAAUAAAAGAUUAGAGUUGGCUGGAUCGCUACUGUCCCUUAUGUUUGAGGAUGUUUUCAAACGGUUCAAUACCGAUUUGAAGAUGAUAGCAGAAAAGACCAUUUCGAAAAUUAGAGCAGAGCCUUUUGACAUAGUUAAAUAUAUGACAUCAAAUCUCAUCACAAGUUCUCUUGUGUUUGCAAUUUCAACUGGCAACUGGACAAUAAAGAGGUUUAGAAUGGAAAGGUCAGGAGUAACUCAAGUCCUCUCCAGACUCAGCUACAUAUCGGCUCUUGGCAUGAUGACGAGGGUGAAUUCUCAGUUUGAAAAAACUCGAAAAGUCUCGGGACCUAGGUCCCUACAUUCAAGUCAGUGGGGUAUGCUGUGCCCUUGCGAUACUCCUGAAGGAGAGGCUUGUGGUCUGGUAAAAAAUCUGGCUUUAAUGACUCAUAUUACAACAGAAGGAGAUGAAUAUCCCUUGAGGCGUUUAGCCAAUUCUACAGGAGUUAUGGAAGUAGGGUUUGUGCACAUAGACAAGUUACAUUAUAUUAAACAUUGGAUGGUGUUUCUGAAUGGUAAUAUUAUCGGUAUAACCUCGGAUUGGAAAACACUUAUAGCACAGUUUAGAAGUUUCAGAAGACGAGGCAUAAUCAACAAAUUUGUAUCCAUUUAUCCUAAAAAGUCUCAACGAUGUGUUUAUAUAUGUUCAGAUGGAGGCCGAUUAUGUAGACCCUAUGUUAUAGUCCAAAAAGGUAAAUCUUUAGUUACCCAAGAACAUUUGGAUGCUCUUCAAAAGGGUCUUAGAACAUUUGAAGAUUUCUUAAACGAUGGACUGAUAGAAUAUCUUGAUGUGAAUGAGGAGAAUGAUGUUCUGAUUGCGUGUUAUGAGGGUGAAAUUGCUAUUGACACAACGCAUCUGGAAAUCGCCAAUUUCACUAUACUGGGUGUUUGUGCAGGCCUAGUUCCUUAUCCCCAUCAUAAUCAAAGUCCCAGAAAUACAUAUCAGUGCGCUAUGGGAAAACAGGCUAUGGGUGCUAUUGGUUAUAACCAAAAAAUGAGGAUGGAUACAUUGAUGUACAAUUUGGUGUAUACUCAGACACCAUUGGUGAAGACAAAAAGUAUAGAGCUUACAAAUUUCGAUAAACUACCAGCAGGUCAUAACGCAGUCAUAGCAGUUAUGUCCUAUAGUGGUUAUGAUAUAGAAGAUGCCUUAGUCAUGAACAAGGCCUCAAUAGAUAGAGGUUUUGGAAGAUGUCUCGUAUAUAAAACAACAAAAUGUAUCAUGAAAAGAUAUCCCAAUCAAACUUAUGAUAGGAUUCAAGGACCUUUAAUUGAUACAACCACAAAUAAGCCGAUAUGGAAACAUGAGGCUCUAGAUGCCGAUGGAAUAGCUGCACCAGGUGAAAUGAUCAAGGAUAAACAGGUUUUGGUUAAUAUGUCAACACCUAUAGUUCAAAAUAUACCUGAUGUGAAUUCAGGUCCUGUAGAAUAUAAAGACGUUCCUGUAGGUUACCGAAAUAUAGAACCCAGUUAUGUUGAAAAGGUGAUGAUAACGACCAAUGAGGAAGAUACUACCUUGAUGAAACUUUUGCUGAGGCAAACACGACGACCAGAAAUUGGUGAUAAGUUCAGUUCGAGACAUGGACAAAAAGGAGUAGUUGGUCUUAUUGCUGAGCAAGAAGAUAUGCCGUUCAAUGAAUAUGGUAUGUGUCCUGACAUAAUUAUGAAUCCCCAUGGAUUUCCAUCCAGAAUGACAGUAGGAAAACUAAUAGAAAUUUUGGCUGGUAAAGCAGCUGCAGUGGAAGGUAAAUUCCAUGAUGCAACGCCUUUCGAACGUUCAAAAGUUGAAGAGAUUGGAGAUAUUCUACAAAAUCAUGGUUUCCAUUAUCAAGGGAAAGACAUAUUUUAUUCUGGCACAACAGGAGAGCCACUGAAUGCUUACAUUUAUGCUGGGACUGUAUAUUAUCAAAAACUGAAGCAUAUGGUACAGGAUAAAAUACAUGCUAGAGCUCGAGGUCCAAGAGCUCUACUCACCAGACAGCCUACUGAAGGAAGAAGUAGAGACGGUGGACUACGUUUGGGAGAGAUGGAGAGGGAUUGUAUCAUAGGUUAUGGAGCUAGUCGAAUGUUGAUCGAAAGGUUAUGUAUUUCAAGUGAUGAAUGUCAGGUUGAUGUUUGCAACAACUGUGGGAGGUUAGCUGAAAAUGGGUGGUGUCCAAGUUGUCGAAGUUCCAAAGGAGUCUUUAAGAUUAAAAUGCCAUAUGCGGCAAAAUUGUUGUUUACAGAGCUUCAAGCGAUGAAUAUUUCACCUAGGCUUGAACUCAAACCUUAUUGCCAAUAGUUCAUCUUCGGAUGGAAAGGGGAAUAGGUAGCCUUAUCAAAUCCUGAUCCUAUAUUCUGUAUAAUUUUUUGUAGACUGUAAUAAUGUAUAUUUGAUAAUUAAUUAGUGUAGGUUUUUGCCAAUUUUUUUAUUUCUAAAACUGAUAUCUUUGGUCAAAACCACAGUUUGAUAAACAAGAAAAGUUUUCUGUCUCUAUGGUUAUCUGUGAUUUUGUCUACGAUUUUGACAAGAUGUAAAUAAAUGUCAAAUAAUG